GGUCGGAGCGGCAGUCAGCUCACGCCAUUUUGGAUGAUCGCGAGAAGGGGAGGCUGAAAAGCAGCCGAGAAAUCGUCUAAUAUCCUCACCAUCAGAGGAUUUUAUUAACAAUGGAGAACUCUUACGGCAUAGGGGUUCGUAACCGGUACGAACUCUUCUACGACGAAGAUAUUGACCCCAUGGAUCUUAUUAAGCAGACGGAAAAGAUAAAGGAUAAAGGCUCCGAGAAGGAAAACAAGGGGAAGACUCCUAAAGCCAAGGCUCCCGCGGCCGCGAAGAAGGGCACCAAGACCGAGGCGCCCCCGAAGAUCGCCGACAAGACCAGUGCACCAGCUCCAGUGCCUCGAUCUGGUUCAAGUUGGUCUGGCGCUGAAGCAACUGAUGAAGCUAAGUCACCCCAACAACGAGGACCACGACCCAACGAUGGCAGAGUAAAGUUUUCCGACCGUGAGGAGCGAAACAACCGCCGCAACCGUCAGGAGGGAGGAGAAUACAGAGAAGGGCCUCCUCCACCCAGGUUCGAUGGCGAAGGCCGUGGAGGUGGUGGUGGGAUGGGCCGAGGGCGUGCCCGUGGCAUGGGACGUGGCCGAGGCAGGGGACGUGGUGGCCCAGGUGGCAUCCCUGGCGGCGUGGACAGCCGUGGCAAGCGGGAAUACGACCGCCAGAGUGGCAUGGCCACCACCGGUGUGAAACCCAUGGACAAGCGGGAGGGAUCUGGCUCCUUCAAUUGGGGCUCUGACCGGGACCAGAUUGAGGAACAGCUGAAUGCUACACCCAACGAACUUGACACAUCUGCCGAGACCCCAGAGAAGGCUCCGGAGGAAGGUGCGGCCCCUGCUGAAGGUGAGGAGGCUGCUAAGGAGGAUGACAAUGCCAAGGAAAUGACACUGGAUGAGUGGAAGGCCAUGCAGGGCACCCGCAACAAGCCCGCCUUCAACAUACGUCGUGCUGGUGAAGGAGAGAACCAGGCUCAGUGGAAGAAAACCUAUGUACUCAAGAAGAAGAUUGAAGAGUCUGAUGAAGAGGAGGAAGAGGAAGAGGAAGAAGAGGUGCAUCAUGGACGGAAGAAGGUUCUUCUUCCCAUCGACUUUCAGUUCGCAGACUCCCCUGGCCGUGGACGUGGCCGGGGCCGUGGCAGAGGGGGACCAGGGCGUGGGCGCGGUGACGGGAUCCGUGGGGGGCGUGGGGGUGGCGGUGACCGUGGGGAGCGUGGAGAACGUGAAGGGGGGGGGCGUGGGGGACGCGGGGGUGAGCGUGGCACCCGCGGUGGUCCAGGGUCUCGAGGGGGCCGUGGGGUACCUCGCCAGCAGGAAGCCCCCAAAAUGGACGAUGAGAGAGAUUUCCCCAGCCUUGGGUAAAGCUACUCUCUCCUUUGCACUGCCCCAGAAGGAAAAGGCCUCUAGGUCUGUUCCAACUAGUCUGGCAGUGCUGGUCGGACCCUCGCACCGGCAUGCGUCGGAAGGUUAGGGAUCCCUGUGCGUAAGAGUUCUCCAUUGUUCCAUAUCUCAUCGAGCAUCAUUCUUUAACAUGGCAAGUUUUCUCUCCUGUACCAGAGUGCUGACAGGGAGUCCUGGCGGUGUGACUGACUAGAUCUCUUCAUGAACUUUUUAAUUAUAUCCACGUUCGGUACAAGAAACGACCAGUUCAAGUUUUUCGUCAGGGAAGUGGUUGAGGCUUGUGACCCUUGUUAUAUCUUCCUGUUGUGGAGACUCUGGAGAGUACUAAUGCUCAAAGGAUAAUUUCCAUAAAUAAGGAACCUUAAAUGUCAUUAAAGAUUUUGUUGUAAAUAUUGAUGAAGCUAACUGUCAGGUGGGUGCAGGGUAGUGGCGGUUGUGUGCAAGAGGGCGUGUGUACUGCUGCCCUCACUACCCUGGCGGAGGCUUGCCACGCUUUUUGUACUGGAUACUGAUUAACAAAUAGAUGAAUAAAAACAAAACAUCUCUA